GCCCACUGAGGAAGGAGGGGACACUCCUGUUGCAGGAGGUCCCAUCAGAACCUGCCAGCGUGAAGGCACCUUUCGUGUCUUGGAAAUCCUACUACCAAUGGCGAGGGACUGGACAUGAGUUCACCAGUAGCUGUGUUACUGUCGUAUCCACUCACCAUCUACCACAUCAUCACCAGCCUGGUCCCACAGCACUUUCCGGAGUUGAAUAUAUUGAACAAACAAUCCCUGAAGAUACACAUCCUGGAAGCGGAGAAACAGUUUGAAAUGCGAAUGGUGUUCUGGGAGCUCGCCGUCCUCCUGCCCCAUGUGGCGUUUGAGAUCCAUUUUGUUGGUGACAGCUUACCCCCAGAGGUGGACGAACACCAUUUCAACCUUCAGAGAAAGGAUGGCCGUGUGUGUGUGGUGAACCCCAGCCUGUAUCCAGCCAAUGAGAAGAGUGAUCGCAGGAACAUCCGAAUCAAAGUGUGUUCCAAACCCUACCACAUGCUCCAGGGGCCGAAGGCGGAUCUGGUGAUUGGGUUUAAUGUGGGGUUCGGACUGAGUGGAACUUGGCUACGAUCCCUCCCCCGGCUUCAGUCUCUUCGGGUUCCUGCUUACUUCACUGAGUGUAGUGAGUACAGCUGUCACGUCGAUAACCAGACCAUGAGUGUAGCUGCAGGAGGUUCCAUCAGCCAACACUUCGUCAACCCCUUCCGUUCACCAUUCCGAAUCAUCGGCAUCGACAACAACCUGCCCUGGUAUCCCAACGCCUGCCUGUUCCACCUGGUGUACAAGGUGAACGCGGUGAUGAACAGGCAGCAGUUGCCUGUCGCUCCUCUGGCCGUCAGCGACGGAGCCGGAGCCGGAGCCGACGAAAUCCUGGAGAACAGCCGCAGGAAGAAGGAGCGAAAACGCAGUAACCUUCGCCGACGGAAAUGA